UCCGUGCUCCGCUCAUCCAGUUCUAUUGCCGCUGCAACUUGGACAUGGGCCUCUACAACUAUGGAGCUUGAGAUCUUUCCUUCGGUCUCAGCUGCUCACUAGCUGCUACGGACUACGCCUCUCCAGUUCUUCGCAGCUUUCAACAGGAGCAGGACGGUAGCAUCCCCCAUCUGAUGCUCUUGAGUCAGAGUCGGAAGAAGUAUAUCUGUCAUAUUCUUUAGAUAAAUCCUAUGAAUCUGUUUACCUAUUGUAGGCUAAAAGUCCUUUCGUUGAUGCAAAGCUGAAGAAUGGCUUUAUCUUCUCAUUUCUCAACCUCAAGGGACUGGCACUUAACAUCUCUUAGUUCAAACUUUCUCCGGGGCAAUCCAUUGUGGUUGCAUUCCAACAUCGGUUGUAAGUACCAGAGGAAACAAAAUUUCAAGCCUCGUCAUAUCUCAUCUCCUUGUUCCUCUCUUAAAAUUGUCCGUAGUCAUUCGUUAGAUCGGCAUGCUGUAAAACAUAACAAAACUCGAUUUGUGCAAAAGCUGAUAAUACUACUGCUAUCUAAACCAAAGCAUUAUAUUCCACUCCACAUUCUUUCCAAGUGUCGUGGCUAUCUUGCCCUUCAUAAACCCCGCUCCCUCCUUUCAAUGAUUCAUCGCUAUCCUUCCAUUUUUGAACUUUUUUCAAUCCCUUAUCCACCCACACCACUCAAUGCAACAAAGCUAUAUCCCCAACUUUGUGUUCGUCUAACCCCAGCAGCAGCAUCUCUUGCUAGACAGGACUCGGAUCUCAAAUUGGCUAUCUCUAACACCUUGGCUGAAAAGCUCCAAAAAUUACUUAUGCUUUCUUCACACCACAGGAUUCUAUUAUCAAAGUUGGUUCACCUUGCUCCAGAUCUAAGCAUGCCCCCUAAUUUUAGGUCCCGUCUCUGCAAUGAUUUUCCAGACAAAUUCAGGACUGUUGAUACCUCAUAUGGUCGGGCACUAGAGCUUGUCUCUUGGGACUCAGAGUUGGCAAAGCCUUUACCUUGCCCUCAAGUUCCUUCACGUGAGCUAAUAGUCGACAGGCCAUUAAAAUUCAACCUGUUGAAACUAAGAAAGGGGCUGAAUUUGAAAAGAGCCCACCAGGAAUUUCUAAUUAAGUUCAGGGAUCUGCCAGAUGUUUGCCCUUACAAAACUCCUGCAACUGAGUUGGCUAAGGAGUCUAUUGAGUCGGAAAAACGAGCUUGUGCUGUGGUACGAGAGAUAUUGGGGAUGAUGGUCGAGAAGAGGACUUUAAUAGACCACUUAACACAUUUCAGAAAAGAUUUUGAGCUACCCAAUAAACUGAGAGGCAUGAUUGUGAGGCAUCCAGAGUUAUUUUAUGUGAGUCUGAAAGGUCAGAGAGACUCUGUAUUCCUUGUUGAGGGGUUCGAUGAUAAGGGUGUUCUAGUGGACAAGGACGAGACUAUGGUAAUAAAAAAUCAAUGGAUGAAGCUCGUAAGGGAAGGGAAAAGGAUGAGACGGGAGAAGGGGAAAGCUCAAAUUUAUGACAGUAAAUAUGGAAAUUAUCAUGAAGACAAUAAUCAUGAUUACGAGGUAGAAACUGACUAUGAUGAUGAUUAUGAUGAUGGUUUUGAGAGUUUAUUUGAGUUUGAGGAUUCAGAUUUUGAGAAUGAAAGUGAUGACCUGCUGAGCAGUAGGUCGAAUGGAGAUUUUUGGACUACAAUUAAUGCAGAUAUUAUUGAUGAUGCAGAUGGAGGACAUAUUGAACCUUGGUGAUGGUUAUUUUAAUUUGUUUGGUGUAUUCGGAAGAUGCAUAGAAAUUUAUCUAUUUGUUAAAACAGUGCCUCUCCAGUUUGUAUAUCAUAUUAAAUCCAGAAAAAGCACCUCGUGAAGAUAAAGGUUGCCUUGGAAGCUAAAAGGAUGUUUAUAUGUAGCCUGAUCAUCUAUAGUAAAGGAUGAAGCUACUGCCUCUAGGCACAUCUAUUUGUGCACAAGGAGUCCAUGAAUUUCUCCUAUGGUGAUAUACCACACUAUACCUCUCAAGCUGUAUAAUUCACUCUGUCAUGUUCUUUUACCUCCUCAAAAUUUUCGAUAAUUGGAAGAACUUUCCCUGGAGUGUGAAUGAAUCUUCUCCCUAAUCAAGGGAGACGUAUAAGAGAUAAGUUCUAACUCCUAUUCAUGUAUACCAUUAGAUAAAUUAAGACAACAAAUUCAUGUUAGUGAAUAAUGUAAAUAUUCAGGUGUAGCAUGGCACCUCAUCCCUUCCCCUUGGUCAUUGGCAGUGAAUGUAUUCAGAAAUUUUUCUGCUUUUUUGGAUUGUGUUAAUAAGUGGUUGUUCGGUAAUAUUCCUAUUUUUCGUUUACUGUUUCUUAUUUUUGGUAACUAUCACAAUUUCUCGUUGACGUUUCUUAUUUUUAAGAAACAAGAAACAAUUACCAAAUCAUUAUCAAGCGGGUUUUUUUUUUUGAAAAAAAAUAAGAAACAGGAUCGUCACUAAACACACCUUAAAAUAUUCUGUGAAUAAUGGUUAAAAAAUUUCCCCAUCAGUGAGCUAGCAAACGGUUGGGUUGGUCACAAGUAGCUGAUUUUAGUGAUAUAUAUCAUAUUGUGUAUUUGGUGGAGCAUGAUGGAUGGAUCCUUCUAGCUUUGGUUGUAUCCUUAGUCUAUGCUCCUAAAUUGAUGAAUUGGCUUCUGAUGACUACACAGUAACAGAUAUUCUGUGUGGACAGAUACGGGUCAAACAUUUUUAUUCAUACUAUGUUGUAUUACACGUUUUGCAUGUAUCCUAAAAUUUCAAAUUGCUGCUGACAUAUUAAUAGUCUUCGUAUUCGUCUUUUACUGCUUUUUUUCCCUAUGUUUGUCUAUAGCUUUUAUACACAGAAGCAUUGAUUAUGAUAUUUAAUGUACUUUCCAGUUUCUAUCCAUACAGAAAAUAGAUAGAUGUUACUAGACAUCUUCAAUGUCCAGACUUUGUUUCAUCUUGAUGCUUAUUUGAGUAGAGUUGUUUGAUGAACACACAUCAAUUAUUACAAUUCAUAGGUUUUGUUGUCUAAAAAGACACACCCACGCCAUCUUUCAAUCAGCAGAAAAGCAUACUUGAAAUGUGCAUCAUGUUCGUCGUGCUCCGUGCAAUGGAUAUGCAUGCAUUUGUGCUAAUUAUUUGUGUUUGAAUGUUUACUUAGGAUGAGUUUUGGAUAACUUUUAGAAGGUUCAAAAGUGCUUUUAGCUAAUUCAAAAGUACUGUUCAAAAUGUUGAUGGUGUUUAGUUAUAGUCAAAAGUGAUUUUAACACUUACGGAAAAAGUACUUCUCUUAAAUGAUUAUCUAAAGUUAUGUUUAUCAUGCAAACUAGACUUAUACCAGAAAUAUGCAUCAUAUGCUUUGUGCUCCGUGUAGUUGAUAGCAUGCAUUUGUGUUCAUUAUGUGUGUUAGAAUGUUUCAUCUUCCAAGGGUGGGGAGUUGAUGUUGUCUUAAAAACUCUCAAGGGAAGGUUUUUGAAACUUAUGUGGAAGCACUUACUCUGUUAUUAGCCAUCUAUUUUGGUCUCUACUAGAAUCAUCCUGCGUUAUACUGGCGCUCGACUUCGUGUAAUGUAGAUGAAACCAAAAGACUCAAUGAACUUUGAAGACACAAACCUUCUGUCUUUAUAUUGGUUGUACAAGUCUUCAAAUGCUCUUAUUAGUAGUUAUUGCUUCUAAUCUUUUCUCUAAACAUG